AUGACUAUGUUGGUAACUGUCCAGUCAGCGCGGGCUGAGGAAAUUAAUGGACAUUUAAAUAUCCACACUAUGGAAAAGUUGAUAAAGGCACAAGGGGAGACAAUCGAACGAAUGGAAUUAAAACUGACCAAUCUGGAAGAAAGCAUUGGGCAUGUAAAUAGAGGUCGAAGACAGGCAGAGUCAGUGGGAUUCACAGCGGUUCUCGAUCACGAAGAAGCGGUUCAUACAGGAAACAUGGUGAAAUUCAACAAAAUUCUCUACAACGCAGGCAACAUGUACAAUCCCAUAACAGGGAUAGCUACCAUACCAACAAAUGGUGUUUAUUUGUUCUCAUUUUCUAUCGAAGAGUGGGAAACACCUGAGUUGUCAUGUCGCUUGAAGGUGGAUGGUGUACAAAAGGUUGGCGCUGUCAUCGUUCCUAAUCACCAUAGUGACCAAGCCGGUAACACUGCAGUCUUACAUUUGACCAAAGGUCAAUCCGUCUGGGUUGAAUCUACCGAAGGAACAGUAUAUGGCGAGUCCGGCUUUUACGGCACAUCAUUUACCGGAGUAUUAUUGUACUGA